UAUAAAUGAAGUAUCUAUAAAUGACGAAUUUCUAAAUGAAGAACCAAUAGAGAAUGAGUCUUCAAGUAACGAUAUUGUACGUAAUGAACCAUCACGUGGCGUAAUUUUAAGUAUAAAUUCUUUAGAAUGUAGUCAGAGGAAUACAGAUUCUUUAUGUAAUGAAUCUUUAAGUGAUCCAUAUAAGAAUUCUGAUCAUUCCUAUUCUCAAGAUUCAAGUUAUUAUGAAAGAGAAGACAAGAAUUCAAGUUCUGAAAAUGAACGUAUGCAUAAUCCAACUACUCAAAUACUAACUAAUAAUAAUUUAUCUCAUUCCGAUCCAAGUAUUAUUCCUUUAAAUAUUGAACGUACAGAUGUACUAACCUCAAAUAUUGUUAAUAUAGAUACAGAAGAAAAAGAUAGUACCCCCUUAAUGUUUGGUCGUUCUUUUUCUUAUCCAUUCCCAUUUUACAUGCAUACUAAAUCUUCAUUAGAUACAUAUAGUCCACGAUCUGUACGUUCAUAUCAUUAUUUUGAAAACAGAACUAACCAAUUCGAAGAAAAUCAACAAUUUGAAGAUAUUCAUCACAUGUACAAUGAAUUUCAAACAGAAAAUUAUAUAAAUGAGCAAGAAAGAACACCCAUAGAAUCUUUUGUUUCUAAUAAUAUAUUAGUUCAAAAUGAAAUCACAGAAAAAGAAAAGCUUGAAAAUGAAAAUGAAAUUGAAAAUGAAAAUGAAAAUGAAAUUGAAAAUGUGAUUGAAAAUGUGAUUGAAAAUGAAAAUGUGAUUGAAAAUGUGAUUGAAAAUGUGGUUGAAAAUUAUUCAAGUUUUAUUAAAGAACAUAACAUAAACAUCUUAAAUGUGCCGAAUGAUCAUGAGAAUAAUACAAGAGAAAACGAUAUAACAAAUAAUAACAAUAUAUUAGGAGAUGCAUUAGAUAAUGAAAACAUUACAUUGCCUUAUAAACCUUAUAGUACUUAUAAUUGCAUUUCUAAUAUAAUAGAAGAAGAAGAUGAAGAAAUAAAUAAAGUUAUAAAAGAAAAACAAAACCUUUUAAAAGAAAAAAAUUCAUUUCUUCCUUAUUUAAAUAAUAGGAAUGAAAAAAAAAAUAUAUGUGAUAAUAAGAAUUAUAAUAUUGAAAACAUUUGUAAACAUCAUAAUUUUCUUUCAUUAGGAUUAUCUGGUGGAUUACUAGAAAUAGAUAUUAAUAAAGAUAAAGAUUUCUAUAAUAAUGUAUAUAUUAUGGAUGAUUUAUUAUUUAAAAGAGAGACAACCGAAGAAUUUUUGAAGCUUUAUCUUAAGAAUAAAGAUAUAAAUAUCUUAUCACAUGAUUACAACAAUAUUUUAGAUCGUUUAAAAAUGAAGAAAAAAAUUAAAGACAUAAUACAUGAUAAAUUCCAUUUAUAUUAUCAAUUAAAAGAAUUAACAGAACAACAAUAUAAAGAAUGUUUACUAUAUAAAACAAUAUACGAUAAAAAAAUAUUGGAAAAUGCACCUAUUAAUUCAAAGGACAAUUAUUCUAAAGAUAUAGAUAUAAAUAAGAAUGAUAAAACAGAAUUAAGAAAUGAAAAUAUAUCAAAAGAAAAUAAUGAAGAAAAUACAAAUAUUUUUAUGAAUGAUAUAUCUGAUGAAGAAUUACAUGGAAAUGAUAUGAACUUUUUGAAUAAUUUUAAUUUAUAUGAUAAUAUAGAUAGUAAAGAAAAAUAUGAAGCAGCAGAAAGUCAUUUAGGAUCUUAUUCAUGUAUUAGCAAUGAACCGACAGAUUCUUAUUAUUCACAUAUAUAUAAUAAAUAUAUAAAGAAAGAAGAUGAUUCCAUAAAUUCACAAAGCUUAUAUGAACGAGAUUUAUUAACACAGGAAAACCAUGAAAAAAAUCUCAUUCUUGACAAUAAAUCAUCUGGUAUUGGUUGCAAUUUUAAUAGUUCUUAUUAUAAUAAUGAUUUACUAAAAUACGAUAAUAAAUAUGAAAAUAUAUAUAAUGAUAUUUACUAUGAUAGCUAUUAUGAUAAAAAUUCUUAUUUAUCCAAUGAAAAUAAAUAUAUGGUUCCUAGUACGCAUUGCUUUAUUAAGAAUGACAAGGAUUCCUAUAAACUUUGCCCUUGCCCAUUAGAAGAUGAAAUAAAAUCUAUAAAUUAUCAUGAAAAAAAAAAGGGAAAGAAAAGAAAAAUGACCAAUAAUGAAGAUAUGAACGUUAAUUUAAAAAGAAGAAAAAUUAAAUAUAAUAGAGAUGUUUCUAUUUCUCAUAGUUCACAAUAUUUGAAUACAAAAUAUAAUUAUAUUCAUAAAAAUAAUGAAAAAGAAAAGGACUCACAAAUAUUUAAUAAAGAUAAUAAGGAUGAUAACACUUUAGUUUUAAAAGAAAAAAGUAUAUUAAAUAUUUAUAAUCUUAAAAAAGAAUGGGAAAGAAGAUUAUCUAUGUCAAAAAAGAAAAGUUUAUGCACACAAAUGUGUAUCAAGAAAAUAAAAAAAAACACUCAGAAAUCAUGUAAAUUAUUGAACAUUAAAUAUAAGGAUUUAAUAUAUUCAGAAUUUUUUAGAAUGUCAUCCAAGAGGGAAAAAAAUAGUAGUGAAUUAUUAGAUGGGAAGGAGAAUGUAGAAAUAAAUAAUAUAAGUGCUUCCUUGAACAGGGAGAUUUCUUUAAUGGAAAAUAAGAAAGAAAGAGAUACAUUGAGAGGUGGAGAAAGAGAUACAUUUGUAAGUAGAGAUAGAUAUUCAUUUAGAAGUAGAGAAAGAGAUACAUUUAUAAGUAGAGAUAGAUAUUCAUUUAGAAGUAGAGAUAGAUAUCCAUUUAGAAGUAGAUAUAGAUAUUCAUUUAGAAAUAGAAACAGAGAUACAUUUAGAAAUAGAAACAGAGAUACAUUUAGAAAUAGAAACAGAGAUAGAUUUAGAAAUAAAAACAGAGAUACAUUUAAAAAUAAAAAAAGAGAUACAUUUAGAGGUAGAGAAAGAGAUAUAUUUAGAGAUAGAGAAAUAGAUACAUUUAAAAAUAGAGAGAAAAAUUUAUAUAAAGAUCAUAAUUAUGUAAAUAAAUAUUAUUAUAUAAAUAAAUACUACCCAGAAAAAUAUUCCAGAAAAUUUAAUUAUAACCAUUCAGGUUGUUCUUAUCAUAAUACACAAAAAUAUGAUUCCUCAAAGAAUAAACCAAAAGAGAAACCAUAUAAAAUUACAAUGAAUAAUAAGAAACAUGAGGGUAACAAAAUAUUAAAAUCCUCUAUAAGAAAUGAAGAAAAAAAAAAUUAUGAUAGAGAAAAAAAGGAAAAUUGCGUAUUAGAUAAGGAUGUUCAACAUAAUCUAAAUACAAGUGAGACAAAUAAUUUAGAAAAUAAAAAAUUAUUGCCAUCUGAUCAAAAUAUUAAACUAGUAGAAGAAAAAGUAGAUGAAAUAAAGGAUAAAAAUAAGGAUAAAAAAGAUGAGGGAAAAUCUGAUGACCAAAUAUAUAACAAAAAAAAUGAUAUAUAA